CCACACGAUUCUGCUCGAGGAACAGUCAUGCAGUGUUUGCCGUGACACUAACUGAUUAACACAUACGUAACAAAGAUCAAGAAGGACUCAUAUUUGCUAUAAGAUAAAUUCGUAUUAUUAAAAUGAGAAUUCACUUAAAUAUUAAAUAAGAAAAGUGGAUAUAACACAAAAAAUAAAAUUUGCAUCUUGUAACUUGUAACGAAUCACACAUCUGAAAUAAAAUAUUGUAUGUGUAAGAAUGUAUUAAAAUAAGUGAUAGAUUAUAACAACGUGAUCUUAAUAAAUGAUUAUUAAUUAAACAUCCAAUGUUAUUUAAGAAAUAGCAAAAAUGGGGAAAAGCAAGGAAUUGUUUACUUGCCGAGAUGUUUUAUGGUUCUUAGUCUUUUAUGGCUUUGCCAUUAAUUAUAUGCUGCGAUUAAACUUAAACCUUACCAUAGUCGCAAUGGUGCUACCACAUUCGAAACCCACAGCGGUCGUGCAAUGCAAUGUAGAAAAUAGUACAUUACUCUGGACCAACGAAACGUCCCAGAAUAAUAACGUAUCUUCUUCUUUCUCGAUUACGAAGCCAUCAUCCAAAAAUGUUACGUAUGAAGAUCGAUUCGCCUGGAACGAGUACGAACAGGAAUUGAUAUUGGGUGCCUAUUACUGGUUGCACUGGUUAUUACAAUUGCCUGGUGGUCUUCUAGCCAGGCGAUAUGGCACGAAACUUGUAUUCGGUUUAGGAAAUUUAUUAACGGCUCUUUUAGGAUUUCUCAUUCCUUAUGCGACGCAUCUAUACGCUUUGAUAAUUCUUCGAAUGUUGCAAGGAUUGAUCGCGGGAGUUAUAUGGCCCUCGAUGCACGAUAUGACGGCAAAGUGGAUUCCGCCAAACGAGAGAAGCAGAUUCGUUACCGCUUAUCUUGGAAGUUCUGUGGGAGCUGCGAUUAUUUACCCCUUGUGUGCAGCUGUCACCAGUUUUUUCGGUUGGAGUGCAUCUUUCCACGUGACGUCUUUGCUAAGUAUAAUGUGGUACUGCUUAUGGAAAUUUCUUGUGUACGAUUCGCCGCAGCAGCAUCCGCGAAUCUCCGACGAUGAGAAAAAUUAUAUCAUGGACAACAUUGCCAAAUCUGUUAACGAAGAAGAAACGCAAAUCCCUUGGAAAUCAAUAAUUCUAUCAGGACCGGUAUGGCUCACUAUUGCCGCACAUUGGAGCAGUGCUUGGGGUUUCUUGACGUUGAUGACACAGGCGCCGACUUACUUCAACUUCGUUCACGGUUGGAAUAUUAAUACUACUGGGAUCCUGGCAGGAACACCGCACAUACUCAGAACCAUCUUCUCGUACUUCUUUUCCAUCAUGAGCGACUGGUUGCUACGUACGAAGCGACUGAGCUUGACGAAUGUCAGAAAAUUGGCCACCUUCGUUUGUACUGUUGUUCAAGGUAUCUUCCUCAUAGCUCUCGGAUUUAGCGGAUGUCAUCCAUUAUCCGCGAUUGUCUUCAUGAUGGCCGGCACAGCCGUUAAUGGUGCCAUGUCCUCUGCCACCUUCACAAACCUUAUUGACCUCAGUCCGAACUACGCCAGCAUCCUCCUCGGAUUCGCUAACAUGAUCGGCACAUGGACCGGUUUUAUCUCGCCGGCAGUCGUUGGUAUACUAACGAAUAAUAACCAAAAUGUGGGACAAUGGCGUUUAGUCUUUCUAAUUGCUGCUGCCAAUUCAAUAGUAGGUGGUAUCAUAUAUAUAAUCUUUGGCACUUCAAAGGAGCAACCAUGGAAUCAAUAUGUUAAAUUAAACUCGAAGGAACGAGAAAUGCAGGAACUGACCACAGAAGCCAUAAAAUCUGAUAAUGGCACCGAGAAAGCAAAUGAUAUUGAAAAAAUAAAUUUUAUUAAAGAAAGAUAAUAAAUCUUUAAAAAAAUCUUAUCGAGGAGCGGAAAUAUCAUCUAUCAACAAUAUUAAUAUAUAUAUUGUAUAUUCAAUAAUAAUAUUAUUAAUAAUACACAUUCAUACAUACAUAACUUAAUUUUGGAAUAUUUGUCACAAAGCAAUGAAAGUAAUCUUACAUUGUAAAUAAAUGUUAAAUUAUUUAAAUGUGCUAUAAGACAUAUGUUAUGACUUAGAUGCAUUUCGACAAAAUACACGUUUGACUCAAUUAAAUCAUUCCAUCUCCGCAUGUGCACAAUGUGUAAAUUGCGGUGCACAAGUACCAGUAAUAAAAUCGACAAAUUGAUUAUUUUUUACUCUAUGGUUAAUACCACGUUAUUUUGUCUUACACGAAAAAAUACCGGAAUUAUCACAGCUUCUUUUCUGCUGUGAAGCAGAUUAAAUACCAAGCCUUAUUCUACUUUCUGGACCAACAUCGUGCGGCUUUCUGAUGAAUUAAAUAUAUUAUCAUUCUCGGACUUCUGAUCAUUACAAUCAUUCAUAUAUGAAAGUAUGCAGUGUUUUUUUAAUUGUUGCACGUUCAUUUUUCAUAAAAAUCAUUCAAUUCAAUAGCGAUAUCUAAGUUUUUAUAAUCGCAAUGAGAUUUUUGCACUUUGUAAUUAUAAUAAAUAUUAUGAAUUAUAAUAAAGAACCGAUUUUUUUUGUAUCACCGUUAUAUGGGCACUUUCCAUUUCUUAAUAUGUAAGCUCGAAUAUCAAGAUCUUAUUUCCAGAUUUUUCAUAAUAAAUUUUCAUGUUUUUAUAUCGGAAGACUAAUUUACAAACAAAUUAUGUACGGACAAAUGUGAAGCACACAUUUUCUUAGGGAAGUUACAACGAUUCGAUAUUCCAAUAAUCCUUUAAUAAUUAUAAUAAUAAAUAAUUAAAUAUAUAAUUAAGUAUAGCAAAACAAAAUACAUUUUGAUAAUAUCUAUAAAAAUCAAUAAAAUAUAUAU